GAUUCCUUGCAGUUGCAGGAGACCUCUCUCUCUCUCUCUCUCUCUCUCUCCCUUCCACCUCAACCAACAAGGACACCAACUGCUUGGCUGGCUGUGAAUUACUAGGGUUCCGAGAUCGAGUCCGAGAAUUCUGAUCGAGGGCGAAUUGAUCCAGCGGGAGAAAGAUGAGUGAGGUGUUCGAUGGGUACGAGCGCCGUUACUGCGAGCUCUCCGCCAAUCUCACCAGAAAAUGCAACUCUGCUUCUCUCCUUGCUGACGGAGACAAAAAGACUGAACAGAUCUCUGAGAUCAAAGCAGCACUUGAUGAAGCUGAUGUUUUGAUACGAAAAAUGGAUCUUGAGGCUAGAAGUUUGCAGCCAAGCGUCAAAGCAAUGCUUCUUGCUAAGCUUAGAGAAUACAAAUCCGAUCUGAAUAAUUUGAAGAAGGAAUUCAAAAGGGUUUCUUCACCUGAUGCUAACCUGGCUUCACGCGAAGAGCUGUUGGAGUCGGGAAUGGUAGAUCCUCAUAUGGCUUCUGCAAAUCAAAGAGAAAGGCUUGCUUUUUCAACCGAGAGAUUGAAUGAUUCCAGUGACAGAAUUAAAGAGAGCAGAAGAACCAUACUCGAGACGGAGGAAAUCGGGGCGUCAAUCCUCCAGGAUCUUCAUCAGCAGCGCCAGACUCUCCUUCAUGCCCAUGAAAAGCUGCAUUGGGUGGACGAUGCGAUAGAUAAGAGUAAAAGGGUAUUGACUGCCAUGUCAAGGAGGAUGACGAGGAACAAGUGGAUCAUCGGGUUGAUAAUUGGAGCUCUCAUUCUCGCUAUUGUCCUCAUUCUCUACUUCAAGCUCUCUCAUUAACCAUACCUUGUAAGUGGAAUACUUGGAGAAUUCUAGUCCAUGCUUUUCCGAUAUUGUAUUGUACAUAAAGAUUACUUGAAAGACUUGUGUGUCAUAAGACUUCAUAUAUGUGGCUCCACUCGCAGUGAACCUGCGGACUGAAUACUGAUGCAAUGCCCAAUUAUCUUUGUAUUACAAAUAACGCGAGUGCUUUUCGUA